AUGGGCAGCGAGUCGAUCAUGGAGUCGUCGGACCAGACGGCGGCGAUAGUUGACGAGAAGUUCCACGCGCCGACCAAGACGGAGUUCACGGUGACCAAAUGCUUCACCUCCAAGGGUGCCGGAUUCACCGUCACGGACUCCGCCGGCGCCGCGGCCGUGAUGGAGGUGGAGACCACCGAAGUGGGCGUCCGCAACCUAAGCUGCCUGCUCUGCCGCGACGCUGCCUCACCCAGCCCGCUGAUCACCCUCCAGGAGGCCAUGAUCAGCAGCAUGGGUCAGCGGCAGUGGAAGGCGUUCAGGGGGCACGGCACCAACGGGAGCGAUUUGCUGUUCGUCGCCGUGGACAUGACGCGGUUUUUCCAGAUGGGGAUCACGCUCCACGUGUUCCGUGCCGGCAACAGCCCCCGCGACGAGAAACCCGAUUUCGUCGUCCGUGGCAGCUACUACCGCGGCGCCAUGACCGUGUCCCGCCGCAACGAAAAAGAUAACUACAUUGACAUUGCCGACAUUGCGGAGAUCGGCAGGGAGAGUUCUCUGUGGUGCGCGAUGCUUGGACAUAACACGUAUACUGUAAGUAUCAGCCAGGAAGUCGACCAGGCGUUCGUCCUGGCACUCACCGUGAUCCUCGACCAGACGUAUAGCCCUAAGCUCAACUCAUGUUGCUGUGCUUGUGACCAUUCAUCUCCAUAUGGGAGAGAUUGCCGCCGUAGACAUAAUCGUUCAAUAGAUAUGUGA